AUGCCUCAAUCACCGUCUAUGUCGCUCCUCACCACGGUCAUGGGAAUCAUCCCCAUCAGUUUUGGUAUCAACGCCAUCCUGCGUCCCGAACAUGCCUUGACCUUCUUCGAGUUUGAACCCCCCGUUGCUCCCCGCGACCGAAGCCUUGUCGACAACCUGAUGAUUGUAUACGGCGUGCGGGAUAUCUUCAUGGGCCUCGCCAUCUACGCUGCCGGGUUUCUCGGCACUCGCAAGUCCCUUGGUUGGACGCUGAUCGCUACCAGUGCGGUCGCCAUCGCUGACGGCGCUGUGUGUUGGAGCCAGGGCCAUGGACAAUGGAAUCACUGGGGAUAUGCUCCUGUCCUUGCCAUUAUCGGGGGCCUUCUGGUUCGGUCUGACGGCAAAGAUAAUACGGACAAAACCAAAUGA